CCAAAGGCGUUUCAGUUCCACUCAACGCGAGGAGAGAGAGAGAGAGAGGUAUGGUGGGCCUACCGUACGAUUGCUUGGUGAACCCAGUCGGAGCAGUACGAUUGACUUUCGAGAAGGCGGUGGCCUCAGGUAAAGAUCCAGCUACCUUUGACGGCAAAGAUUGGGGCGCUACCGAUCUCUUUCGCGAGUUCCUUUUCGACAAUGGAGGUCUUUCUCAGGUUCCAUUUCUUAAUCCCAUGACUAUUAAAUGGAUUCAAUCCAAUACUCUAGUUCGAUUCCGGGGAAUGAUACAAGAUAUGCUGGGUAAUGAAUUCUAUGUUGGUGCUUAUAAGGAUGGAGCAACAUGGAGAACCAACAAAUUUGCAGAUGUUCCCCAAUUUCCCAUGGGUUCUUCAUCUGAUAUGCGGAUUUGGGAGCGUCGUUUGCUUUAUUGUGUUCCUGUUCCGGGGCAGAAUUCAUGGACUCAAACUUCUUCUGAAGCUAUGAGAAAUCCAUAUUCCAAUAUUACAUCUCCAUAUGGGGAGAAGCGCCCCAGAGAGGAAAUCACAGCUACUACUUGUGACGUAGAUAUGCAGGCCUUAGAUCACGAGUUUGAGGGUUCCCAAUGCACGAAAAAGAUGCGAGGGGAUGGAGUCCCUUCCCAGUCUACUUAUCCACAAGAGUCUUCAGUUGAGAGAACUUGUUCUGAUGUGUGUAUGGGGCCUGAUUUUGAGAGAAAUUCUUUUCCCUGUCUAGUGAAGAUAUAUGACUCUGUAGAGUCUGAAUUGAAGCUGAAUGAUGUUUUUGAGUUCAUUGGCGUCCUCACUUUUGAUCCAGAGGUUACGACAGACAAAGAUAAAUCUGAUGAGUCACUGAAUGGUUUUUUUGAGGAUGCAUUGGUUCAUCUGCCUCCUAGCAAGGUGCCUCGGCUCCAUUGUCUUGUGCACCGAAAGCUUGCAAUUCAUGACUUUCUUUCUGGCUCCCACACAUUGGAGCCAAAGUCUCAUUUGGUUAAAGGGGUAAGGGAAGGACUGCUGAGACAUCUUACAGAUGUCCUUGGAAAUGAUGCGGUGGCAGCUCAAUUCGUGUUAUUGCAUCUCUUGUCUAGGGUGCAUGCUAGGGUAGACUCACUGGCUGUGGGGAAGUUUUCGUUGAAUCUUACCUCUUUUAGCAAGGAAACUGUGUCUGUAUUUGGGAAUGGACUCAACCUUGCAAUCAACAACCUUGUACCUUUCACACAAUGUAUUCCUCUUACAGUGGAUUAUCUCAACUCUGUUACACUUGCCCCAAGAAAGGAUUAUCAAGCAAACAGACUGGUGUCUGGAGUUCUGCAGUUAGCUGACGGCUCGCACUUAACAAUCGAUGAGACCCAAUUACAAGCAGGGACUCUCAACUCUACUGGGGUUGAUAAUGCAAGAACUCUAAAGAACCUAGUGGAGUUGCAAAAGGUGGAGUAUGAUUUCACGUACUAUAAAAUGGAGAUGGCGGCAGAUAUUCAAUUGCUGAUUGUCUCUGAGGGGAAAUCAAAUAUUCUGCCUGCUGAUCUAGUUCUGCCUUUCCAUCCAUCUUCAGUGGAUUCCUCUGAAGUUGUGGAUGCAGAAACAUUGAAAGCUUGGAGAUGGUACCUGGCUACACUCAGAUCGUUGCCACAUUCAAUUGAGCCAGAAAUGCAGAAGGUGGUAGAAGAUGACUUAGUUGCAGCUAGGCAAGCAGAUCGGAGCUUAGGCAGCCAAGACUUCAGCAGAUGGCUGACAAUGGGACGGUUAAUGUCUGCGAGUUUUGGUGAAAUCUGUCUGACAUUGGAACAUUGGCAAUUGGUCAAGGAACUUGAGAGACUAAGAAGGGAGAGAUUCCAGGGAACUACGUAAAAAAAAGGGAUAUGAAUGUUGUAAAUUGUUCUGUAAUUCUAGUGGAUCUGUUUUCUUUCCUAAGAAAUGCUGCUAUAAGAACUAUCUGUCCUAAAUUCCAGUGUUGUAAUCUCCAACUCAUCAUAUUUAUAUGAAGGGUCCAGUUGUUAAAAGACCUUGAAUCCAAUUUUGUACCUGCAACUAUUCAUAAUAUUUGUCUGCCUGUAUCUAUCCUAGCAUGAUGGCUAAAAAGCUUCAAUUUGAU